UUUUUAAUUCCCGGCUUCCAACAAGAUGUAACUUUCAAUCUAACAUGUACAUUCUCUCCGAAUACACAUGUUUGUUUUAAAGAGCCGGGGGUAUGCGAACGCCAAGCUGUUUAUUAAUGGAAGUUAUUGUUGUGAAUUGUUGUGACUAUGCUAUGUCGAAGUGAUUUUUUUGUUUUGCCUUCAACUGUUCAUCAUGCUCGUCUGAUUUUGGGAUUUAUCGACAAUUCCAAAUUCUAGAGGCACGUACAGGAGAGGGAAUACUGCUAACCAAGCGAGCAAACUACAGACGGGGGAUUUAAAUCGUUUUGGCUUGCUCCGUGAAAAAAAGAGAAGCGAGGAAGGAAAUUCAUGUGGCGAUUCUCUCUUUAGCAAAAAAAACAAACAAAAAAAACAUUUGGAUUGCAGAAUGAGCAAGGAAAGACCUAAGCGGAAUAUCAUCCCAAAGAAAUAUGAUGACAGCGAUGGGAUUCCCUGGUCGGAAGAGCAGGUGGUACGAAAGGUGCUUUAUCUGUCUCUCAAAGAGUUCAAGAGCGCUCAGAAACGCCAGCUGGGUGAGGACCUCUCUCAUGGAACCAAGAGCCCCAAUGGUUCCCUUUCAAACGGCCAGUUGAAUGGCUCAGGGUCUAAAGGAGGUCACAAAGAGGAGGGCUCUCGGGCCCAGAGCACAGACGGGAGCAGUGAGUACUCAGAAGACGGCCCUGUCAAAAAGAGGCCCAGACUGCAAGCACAAAGGAAAUUUGCCCAGUCUCAGCCCAACUCCCCCAACACCACUCCAGUAAAGGUGACGGACCCCUCCCUGCCCACGCCGGCGUCGCAGAUCACGGACCUCUCCAGACGCAAACCCAAAACCGAAGACUUCCUCACCUUCCUCUGUCUGAGAGGUUACUCUGCGUGGCAAAAUGAAGGCUCGUCGGCGUUGCCCAGUAACAUGGCCUAUUUUGGCAGUUCUCAGGAUGAGGAUGACUUGGAGGAUGAGGAAGAGUGUGAAGAGGUGAAGCCACCGCCCAGCAUCUCGUCCGUGUCCUGUCAGUCCACGCCCAAGAAGGGCAAGCCGCCCGGAAAGAUAAAUGGACAUGUGUUUAACGGCCACAGUAAGUCGAUGAGGGAAAGGGAGAGCGCGCCCAAGCCCAAAGCCAGAGAGACGUCAGCGGGGAGAGAGAGCAACGAGAGAACCGCGUCCCCCCAGCGCACUGCUGCUGCUCAAGCCAAGAGCCUCACCUCCAACGGGCUAAGCCACAGGCGGACCACGGAGGAGCUCCGCAAGCAGGUGUCGAAAGUGAACGGACUGACGAAACUGUCGCACGCGGCCAGUGCCAAAAAAAUGAAAGACUUUCGACUGCCGUCCAAAACUGUGAAGUACACAGCCACCGUGACCAAGGGCCACGUCACCUACACCAAAGCCAAGAGAGAACUGGUGAAGAAAGCCAAACUUAACCACAGCAAGCACCGUGCUCACGGGCCCAACAAUCAGCACCCUCAUCCCCCUAACCACACCCACAACCACCACCGUCACCCAGCCAGCAACGGCCCCCUGCGGGCCCAGCUCUCUCACUCAGGAAAAGCCCAAAGUAGCAAUGCAAAAACUCGCAAACAGGUGCUAUUGUCCAAUGGGGUGCACAAGGUGGUUAACGGGGAUGGAGUUCGGCUCAACGGGCGGCUUAACGGGCGCCACGGCGCCAAGGAGGACGCCCGGCAGGGCCGAGAGGGGCUCCGCAACUCCAAACGGAGGGGAGGGGAGACACCGGUCGCCGCGGCGACGGGGCCGGAAGGCGAGGCCAAGGCUAAGCCGGCGACGGCCGAAGCCAAGAAGGCCAAGAUGCAGCCCAGCGCCCUGGAGACGCGCAGCAAGAAGGCCUUCUCCCAAGAGAUGGGAGCCGCCGCCGUAGGCGGCAUCGCCAACGGGCACGUCGUCACGGAAACGGCUGCCUCGCCGACUUCCAAGCCGGCCCCUGCGCCCUCGCCGUCGGUGUCGGCGUCCGCCGGCGAAACCCCUCCCAGCCCGGCCAAUCCGGAGCCGGCGCGGCAGCGUCCGAAACGGGCCUCGGCCGGGAAGCUGAUGUUCAUCAGACAAGCACAGCAGAGAGCCCACGCCAGCACCGGGGCCCCCGGCCGCUCCACUACCUCAGCCAGCCACACCCCCAAACCAGCAGAGCCCCCAAUCCCCCCCGCAACUCCGCCGCGGCCCGACAGAGAGAGGGAACGCGAGAAAGAGAGGGAGAAAGAGAGGGAACGCGAGAGAGAGAGAAACAGAGCUAACUGGGCCGCCCUGGCGGAAGUGCCCGUCUUCCGCCCCAGCCCAAGGGAGUUCCAGGACCCGCUGAUGUACCUGGACCUGGUGCGGGAGCAGGCGGAACCGUGCGGGCUGUGCAGGGUCAUCCCGCCGCCGGACUGGAGGCCAGAGUGUAAGCUGAACGACGAGAUGCGCUUCGUCACGCAGGUGCAGCGCAUUCACAAACUGGGCCGACGCUGGGGGCCCAACGUUCAGAGACUGGCCUGCAUAAAGAAACACCUCAAAUCUCAGGGCAUCACCUUGGACGACCCCCCACUCAUAGGAGGCUGCGAGGUGGACCUGGCCCGGUUCUCGGAGCUGGUGAACGACAUGGGCGGGAUGCAGCAGGUGAUGGACCUAAAGAAAUGGAGCCGCCUGGCGGACCUGCUCCGUAUCCCCAAAUCGGCCCAGGACAGGCUGGCCAAACUGCAGGAGGCUUACCUCCAGUACCUGCUCUCCUACGACAUGCUGUCUCCCGAGGAGCACCGCGGGCUGGAGAAGGAGGUGAUGGCGGAAAAGGAGGGCCUGGAACGCCGCAGGGGGCCCCUGGAGGGCCACACGGAUGGCGGGCAGCACGCCCUGAUGCUGCCGCGCUACGAGCCCAAAAACGGACUGGCGGGCGGGCUGCCCCACCGCAACGGCUUCCGAAACCGCGCUCUGGACACGCAGGUGAAGGCCAGCCGCCGCCGACUGUUCGCUCAGGAAAAGAAAGAGGGCAAGGCGGAGGGCGAGGAAGAGGACGAGGAACAGGAGGACAAAUCCGUUCUCAACGACCAGCACAAGUGUAUAUACAAGGGGAAAUCAGUAUCUUUGACCACCUUCUACAGAAUAGCCAGGAACACUAUGAUGAUGUGUUUUAACAAGGAACCUGGUGCUGCUGAAGUAGAGCAAGAGUACUGGCGCAUAGUGGAGCAGAGGGAUUGCCACGUGGCAGUGCAUUAUGGGAAAGUGGACACAAGCACACACGGAAGUGGCUUCCCAGUGGUCAAGUCUGAGCCAUUCUCAAAGCAUGGCUGGAAUCUCACUGUCCUCCCCAAUAACGCUAGAUCCAUUCUGCGCCAUCUUGGUGCUGUUCCCGGGGUGACUAUUCCCUGGCUAAACAUUGGCAUGGUCUUUUCUACCUCAUGCUGGUCUCGAGACCAAAACCGCCUUCCAUACAUAGAUUACUUACACACUGGUGCUGACUGCAUUUGGUAUUCUGUAUCUGCUGAGGAGAAGGCUAAGCUUGACAAAGUGGUGCACACGCUGCUGCAGGCCAAUGGCACCCCAGGCCUGGAGAUGCUGGAGAGGAAUAUCAUGAUCUCUCCAGAGGUGCUAUCUCGGGAAGGGAUCCAAGUCCACCGUACAGUGCAGAAGAGUGGUCAGUUUGUGGUCUGUUUUCCCGGGACGUUCGUGUCUAAGGUGUGCUGCGGCUACAGCGUCUCAGAAACGGUGCACUUUGCCACCCCCCAGUGGAUGAACCUGGGCUACGAGGCUGCUAAGGACCUGAAAUGCCGGCGUAUAGCCAAACCCUUCUCUAUGGAGAAGUUGCUCUACCAGAUCGCCACAGCGGAGUCGAAACGGGAGAACGGGCUGCUGCUGAGUACUGUCUCCUCUCUUCUCAAAGACCUCAGGAACAUAGAGAUUAGACAGCGGCAGGAACUGUACAAGGCCGGCCUGCUCUCCUCCGCACGCUACGGCGCCCACGACAACAACCAGUUGCCCGGAGACGGACGAAAGAAACAGCGCAAGUGGCUCCCGCUGGAGUCGUCGGAGAGACGGUGCCAAACCUGCCAGCACCUCUGCUAUCUGUCCAUGGUGGUUCAGGAGAAUGAGAAUGUGGUGUUUUGUCUGGAAUGUGCACUGCACUACGUGGAGAAGCACAAGUCCUGCCGCGGAUUGAAGAUGAUGUACCGCUACGAUGAGGAGCAGAUCAACAGUCUGGUGAAUCAGGUGUGUGGUAAAGCCAUGGUGAAGACAGUGGCUGAAAACUGUAACGGGACCAGCCCCAGCAAAGCCGUCGCCAAGCGCGGCCCCCGAAAACGCCCCACCGUCGAGGUCACGCUGACGCACCUGCCCCCCCACCUGUCCAAAAGUGCUGCCACCGCUGUCUCGUGAAGUGGCUUUUUAAAAGAAACCCCGCUUUUAACCAAUCAUUUCCCUUUCUCUCUCUCUCUCUCUUUCUCUCUCUUUCACUCUCUUUUUCUGUCACUCGCAUCUUUAUAGGGUAUAAAUGCAGCCCGUCAACCC